GCACUCCCUGUAAUGAGUAACUAUAUAAAGUCAUAUUCACUACACACACACUAGCGCACUAUUUUACUAAACAGUACACACAUCUGUGUGUCAGGGCUCCAGACGAUAUAUUUCUUAAUUUCUUUGUAAAGUUAGGAUUGUUUAUUUAUUGGUGUUUACGUCGUGAUAAGUGCACCUAUGUAGGGAAGAAGGAGGUAUUUGGGACAGCCCGCGGAAAGUCCGACUGCCUAGCAGAAGCUCAGCAGAGAGAAGAUACGCGGUGUAAACAAACCGCUUUAACGGUUAAACUCUGUAACUAAGACGGUGUUAAAUAAUAAAAUGGCGUCCCGGUCCCUGUCCUCAUCACCAGACUCGGCUGCGGCGGGCUGGGGCUCAGACUCAGGGAGGCCCGACCCGGUGGAGGAGCGCAGUGUGGAGUCCGGUACCGGCUCGGACCUGGAGGGAGCAGAACUCGAGCGCGAGUUUGAGUCCGCAGCCGAGAGAGUGCGCGAGCUCGUGCAGACUGCGAGCAGGGAGGAGCUUCUCUACCUGUACGCCAGGUACAAACAGGCCACAGUCGGGAAAUGCAACACAUCCAAACCGGGGUUCUUUGACUUUGAGGGUCAGAGGAAAUGGACAGCAUGGAAGCAGUUGGGUGAUAUGAGUAAGGAGCAGGCCAUGCAGGAGUACAUUACCUCUGUACAGACACUGGAUCCAGAGGGAUUUAAGGGUUCAUCUGAGAGAAGGAAAGGAGAGCGCAGGAUGGCAUUUGGUGGAGCAGCAGUGAGCUGUUUGUACCAGCAAGAGACGAUCAGGGAGGAGGAUAAGAACAUAUUUGACUACUGUAGAGAGAACAACAUUGAGCAGGUUCGCUCGGCCCUCAGCACACACAACGUCGACGUCAACACCAAGGACGAGGAGGGUCGAGCUCUGCUGCACUGGGCGUGUGACAGAGGACACAAAGAGCUCGUGACGUUCUUACUGAACAACAACGCCAACAUCAACAGCCAGGAUAAUGAAGGUCAGACUCCACUGCAUUACGCAUCUGCCUGUGAGUUUGGUGAGAUAGUGGAGCUCCUCCUGCAGAGUGGUGCUGAUCCCUCUAUUAAAGACGGAGAAGGUUCUCUCCCUGAGGAAGUGACCGAGUCCAGCUCCAUCUCAUCUCUCCUGCGGCAGUACAGUGCUCCCAAAGGAUAAAGCGCACACACACACACACACACACACACACACACACACACACACACACACACACACAUUCCACAGCCAGUCUGAGCCUCUCUCUCUCACUCUCUCUCUCUGUGGUGAUUAGGACAGAGUUGAACCCACCGUUUGUUUCUGGAGACUAUAUGUUAGAAUUUAGGGGUUAGGACACGAGUCAGGACUAUCAGAAGGAAUUAAUUCAAGCUCCAUUUAUUCCUUUAAGUUUAGUGGCUAUGAUAUCAUCUGUAGGGUUUAGGGAUUAGGGUUUAGGGAUGUUAACUGUUUAGCCUUUAGGGUGUAGGGGGUUGGAAAUUUAGGUCUAACUCCUAAACCUUAAAUCUAACCAGAAUACACACAAGCUCCUAAAACUCCUAAACCCUAAUCCCUAACCCCUAAUCCCUAACCCCUAAACCCUUAAUUCCUAAUCCAUAAUCCUCAAUCCCUAACUCCUCAUCCCUAAC